AUGAACGACUCCCUGAACAGCACCGAGAAUGGCUGGACUCAUACCGAGAGCUACUCCGAUUAUGAUCUCGCCGACAUCGAGAGCAAUCCCGAGAAAAUCAGUGAUAUUAGCGAUGCUCCCUUCCCUAUGGACUUUCAGCUGGUUAUUUUCAUGGACAUGCUGCUUGAUCUCUUACUUGGCCAUCUGAGUCUUGACUUCGAGUCUUCUAACCAGGCCCGAGGACUCAGAAAUCUUCGAGACGGUGAUGACAUUCUUGUAGAUGUGCUUAAGGAUCGCACUUCUCGCAAGUGGUCUUUCCUCCAGGAUUCACUGAGCAUACUAUCAGAAGCUGCCGCGAAAUCGAUCGACUGCCACUGCCGUGUAGGGUAG